ACCCUAUGUCUUGAACUGUUUUAGGAUAUAGAUCUACAUAUGGCGAAUAUGGGAAACUGUAAAUAUGGGAAGAAGGCCACUGUUUUCGGGAUAUUUCUGUCAUAGGUCUUGUGACAUUACCUAGGGCUGCGGCAAACUGAAUAUUAAUUUCUUUCCUAGAACGAAGUAACACCUCUUUGAAUGUUGUGGGUUCAUAAUAGGAAGCUGUUACUGAGUAAUAAGGGUUUUCUUUAUGCUGCCACUGAAGUGUGUUGGCCUUAUUGCAGGUGUAUCCUUCACUUGUGUUGUUCUUUUAAUGGCCAAGGGCAAGUUGACCAAUGACUGCUUUAAAAAAGUGAAAAGGUUGGGGCCCACUGAAGGUGUUGUUUUUAUUGAACAAUGGAUGGAUUUCUUUCACUUUUUCAAAACAAUUUCUCUGUAAUUGUAACUAAAUAUGCAUGUCAAAGUGUCAUUGCUCACAAACGUCUCAGGAAAAACAAAAAAUGGUAGUAGCAUAGGAUAUUAACAGGUGCCUACUUUCGUGUCUGUAAUGAACUCCCUUAGCUGAUACAGAUUCCUACUCCUUGCAGCCCUGCACUAUGUAACAAUAAUAAAACACAGUUUAUUGCUUAAACCGUUGGGCUAUCUGAAUUGUGCCUCUUGGUCUCAACCCCUGGGCAAAUUCCUAGACUAAUGUGUCUGAAUGUACACAGCAACAUGGUUGACCUUAUCCUGGGGCUAUGCUAUGCCAAAGGGGAUCAGUGACACUCUAUAGGCGUACACCCGGCUCAUGUGUCAGACCUCUCAGUGUCUCUGGGCUCUUGAAGCGGCCAGUGACCUUCUUUAAAUAGACAAGAACUUGUACUCAGUACACAUUUGUACUCAGGGCCUAGUUCAAGGGGUUUUACUCUUGAGAGGGCAGCCAUGCAUCCUGAUGUCCUGGAGGUUACCAGCUGGGUGGAGGGCAUGUCCAUGUCCUCCCCCCCAGCAUUACCAGACCCGGAGGAGGAGGAGGAGGAGGAGGUCGAGGUGCCACCAGGCCUGAAACGGAUGGGCAGAUAUCGCCACAGUAUUCAGAUGCUGAAGCCUUUCAGGAUCACACACAAGCAUCAGCACCCUGUGGACAAUGCUGGUCUAUUUUCCUUCAUGACCCUGCAGUGGCUCUCCCCGUUGGCGUGGAGGGCCUACAAAGCAUCCAGUCUGAGCAUGGAGGACGUGUGGGGCCUGUCCUGCCAUGAAGCUUCUGAAGUCAACUGUCAAAGGCUGGAGACGCUGUGGCAUGAGGAGCUGAACAGGCAGGGGAAAGAGGGUGCCUCUCUGGCGCGGGUCUUCUGGAGGUUCUGCCAGACACGCACGCUGGUCGCCAUCUUCUCCCUCCUCAUCACCAUGGUGGCUGGGUUUGUCGGACCGGCGCUCCUGAUCCGGGCCUUGCUGGAGUACUCCCAGAGCACGGAGAGCUGGCUGCUCUAUGGCCUGGCCCUGGUGGCUGGGAUCUUUGUGACGGAGCUCAUUCGCUCCUGGUCGCUGGCGUUCAUGUGGGCCGUCAACUACCGCACGGCCUCCCGUCUCCGGGGGGCAGCUCUCACCUUCGCCUUCACCAAGAUCUUAAACCUGCGCAACACCAGAGACAUGAGUGUUGGAGAGCUGGUGAAUAUUUGCUCGAGUGACGGACAGCGCAUUUACGAGGCUGUCUCAGUGGGCUGUCUGCUGGCAGGAGGGCCGCUCAUUGGCAUCCUGGGUCUGUCCUACUCCACCUACUUCUUGGGACCGACGGCACUUGUUGGGUCGGCUGUUUUCAUCAUCUUCUACCCAACUAUGAUGCUUGCGUCUCGGCUGACUGCGUAUUUCCGGAAAAGGUGUGUGGUGGUCACCGACCAACGCGUGCGCCUCAUGAAUGAGAUUCUGGGCUGCAUCAAGUUCAUCAAGAUGUACUGCUGGGAGUUGGCCUUCUCCAGUAACGUCCAGAAGGUGCGCUCAGAGGAGAGAAAGAUCCUAGAGCGUGCUAACUACGUUCAGAGCCUGACCGUGGGAGUCGCUCCCAUUGUUGUGGUGAUAGCGAGUGUGUGUACAUUCACCCUUCACAUGGCGCUGGGAUACGACCUCACAGCUGCACAGGCCUUCACCGUGGUGGCUGUCUUCAACUCAAUGACGUUUGCCCUCAAAGUCACCCCACUGGCUGUCCGCUCGCUAUCUGAGGGGUCAGUGGCAGCCAAGCGAUUUCAGAGACUCUUCCUGAUGGAGGAGAGGGAGCUGGUGUCGUUGAAGGUGGAGGACCCCAAGAACGCGGUGGAGUUCCGGGAUGCCACCCUGGCAUGGGAGAAAGCCCGCCAGCUCUCUGCCACGGCCAGUGGACACGUCACCCAGAAGCCACGGCUCCGAGGCAGCGGCAUCAGGCGGUUACUACGGCGGGAGAAGCUGAGCCUUUUCAUUGGCAAGGAUGGGGGCAAGAGCACGGGAGGCGGUGGUGGUGGUGGUGGUGACGGCGAGAGCCCCAACGAGGACCACCUCCUCAGCCACAUGGAGCAGGAGAGCCCCCAGAGCACCAUCUCCUCCACCCAGAGCAUGCGCCCGCCGCUGCUCAAGACCCUGCACCGCAUCGAUCUGCGGGUCAAGAAGGGCUCACUGGUUGGGAUCUGUGGAGGUGUAGGGAGUGGGAAAAGCUCGCUCCUGUCUGCUCUCCUGGGUCAGAUGACCCUGCUGGAAGGCUCAGUGGCGGUCAGUGGGGGCUUUGCCUAUGUCGCCCAGCAAGCCUGGAUCCUUAAUGACUCCUUGAGGGAGAACAUUUUAUUUGGGAAUGAAUACAACGAAGAAAAAUACAAUGCUGCUCUGAAGGCCUGCUGUCUAACCCAGGAUCUCUCUGAGCUCCCCUAUGGGGACAUGACUGAGAUUGGGGAGCGUGGCGCCAACUUGAGUGGCGGGCAGCGGCAGCGGGUGAGCCUGGCCCGCGCCUUCUACAGCGGGCGCCCCAUCCUGCUCCUGGACGACCCGCUGAGCGCGCUGGACGCCCGCGUUGGCUCCUACCUCUUCCACAACACCAUCCGCGGGGCCGCCAGGGAGAAGACCAUCCUCUUCAUCACCCACCAGCUGCAGUACCUGGCGGAGUGCGAUGAUGUGAUCCUCAUGAAGGAUGGGCAAAUAGCGGAGCAUGGCACCCAUGCCCAGCUGAUGGCCAGGGAGCGAGACUACGCUAGCCUUUUCAACAGCGUCCAGCAGGAGAACCUGGUGCGCAAGAACCUUCAGAACAAGCAGAGCGGCAAGAGUGAGACGACCCCGACAUCCUCACAAGCUGUAAAGGCUGCCAAACCUCCCAGCAAACCAAAAACAGGAGACCAGCUCAUGCAGGCUGAGGAGAAGGGCUCCGGCGCGGUGUCCUGGUCUGUGUACGCGGCCUACAUCAACGCAGCAGGAGGGCCCCUGGCCUUCUUCCUCAACCUCCUCCUCUUCAUCGGCACCACCGGCAGCAUCGCCUUCAGUAACUGGUGGUUGAGCCACUGGAUCAGGCAGGGCAGUGGGGAGGCAAUCGAAUUUAUGGGAAAUGAAACCAUGGCCAGCGCCAGCAUGAGACUCAACCCUCACAUUCAGUACUACUCCAGGAUCUAUGUGCUGUCCAUGGGAGUCGCUGUCAUUCUGAAGACCCUGAGAGGGCUGGCGUUUGUCAAGUGCACCGUUAAGGCCGCCUCAACGCUCCAUGACAAGCUGUUCCAGAGGCUGUUGCUCAGUCCCAUGCGCUUCUUCGAGACCACGCCCCUGGGCCGGAUCCUCAACCGCUUCUCACGGGACAUGGACGAAGUGGAUGUCCGGCUGACCAUGCAAGCAGAGAUGGUGCUCCAGAACCUGUCCAUGGUACUGUUCUGCAUGGGCGUUGUCAGCAUGGUGUUCCCCUGGUUCCUGUUAUCCAUCCUGCCUCUCGGUGCCUUCCUCUUCGUCAUCAACCUCAUCUCUAGGGUGCUGAUUCGUGAACUGAAGCGUCUGGAAAACAUCACGCUAUCCCCGUUCACCUCCCAUCUGACCAGCAGCUUGCAGGGUCUCUCCACCAUUCACGCCUUUGGCAGAGGUGGUGACUUCCUGCAGAGGUAUCAGGCCUUGCUGGAUGCCAACCAGGCCCCCCACUUCCUCUUCAGCUGUGCCAUGCGCUGGCUGGCCGUCCGCCUGGACAUCAUCAGCAUCUUCCUCAUCACCUUCACGGCGAUGCUCAUCGUCUUCAUGCACCACCAGAUCCCCCCGGCCAACGCCGGCCUUGCCAUAUCCUACGCCGUGCAGCUCACUGGACUGUUUCAAUUCACAGUCAGGCUCCUGGCUGAAACGGAGGCCAGAUUUACGUCAGUGGAACGAAUCAAUCAUUACAUAAAGAACCUGGAGUCUGAAGCUCCCCGUCAGAUUUCACCCGCAACCCCGUCAGUUUCACCCACCCCAGUUUCCAGCUGGCCUCAGGAAGGAGACAUCCAUUUCCAUGAAGUGGAGAUGCGUUACCGUGGUGACCUGCCACUGGUCCUAAAGAAACUCUCUUUCAGAAUCAUGCCGGAAGAAACAGUGGGAAUAGUCGGCCGAACUGGCUCAGGGAAGUCUUCCCUGGGCGUCGCCCUGUUUAGGCUGGUGGAGCUGAGCGGCGGCUCCAUCUCCAUUGACGGCGUCAACAUCGCUCACAUCGGCCUGAAGGACCUGAGAAGCAAGCUGUCAGUCAUCCCCCAAGAGCCUGUGCUUUUCAUCGGCACUGUCAGGACCAACUUAGACCCAUGGGGGCAGUACACAGACCAGCAGGUCUGGGAGGCGCUGGAGAAGACUCACGUGAAGGACAUGGUAAGCCAGUUGCCUCUCUCCCUGCACUCGGAGGUGACGGAGAACGGGGAGAACUUUUCAGUGGGGGAGCGGCAGUUGCUGUGUGUGGCCAGAGCACUUCUAAGACACAGCAAGAUCCUGCUGCUGGACGAGGCCACGGCAGCCAUUGACACAGAGACGGACCGUCUGCUUCAAGAGACCAUCCGUCACUCGUUCAAGGGCUGCACCACUCUGGUCAUAGCCCACCGCCUGAACACGGUGCUGGGCUGCAAUAGAAUCAUGGUGCUAGAUCAGGGACAGAUUCUAGAGUUCGAUACCCCCUCUAACUUACUUGCCAAUGAGAACUCUCGGCUGCGUGCUAUGAUUGAGGCCGAGGAUGGGAAGCUGAGUCACUCUGAAGAUAACUGAAAGGCCACAGAGGACCCCUUCUUCAACACCACCCCUCCUCCCAACACACACACACACACACUCACACACUCUCUCACACACACACACACACAAACAAAGACAGAAAGAGAGUGAGUCAGUCCUCUCAGCCCCAUAUUUGAUCCAGCUUUAAUCCUCUUACAAAGUCAUAUUUAUAUAUCUGUAUCUGUUUCACUUAGCUGCUCGCAAUCAAGACACUGCACAAGUGUUGUGUCGCACUUCUGCGUUCCAUAAGAUGACCAAAAAGUGUGCAAUAUGUUCAGUGUUCUGUUCUGCUGUUCAAAGUGCUCAGGAGAUGGUGAUGGUUUUUUUAAAAACACCUAGUGGCCUGGUGUUUUGUGGGCUGGUUGGGACACCUUCCUCUAAAGACAGUGAUGAUGUUUAGAGCCCAUUGUGUGCAAUUGAUGAUCAAACUUAGAAUUCACUGAGGAUUUCUUUGAACUGGUUGACUGAUUUUGCACGAUUGUUUUUUUGUUUUGUCAUCAUUUACGACAAGCUGAACAGUGGGCGUUAUGUUGCACAGACGUCCUCAGAAUCAGCCAAAGACCGAAGAAGUUCUUUGUAAACAUCCCCCCAAAAUAAUCAUUCCAUUUUCUUCCAUGAAGCUCUAUUAUAACCAAUGUAAACAGUUCAUACAAAUGGCCAGGUAUCAUUUUUUUUUGAAGGUGUUGUUAAAUUUAUGGCAAGGUACAUAGCAUUGUUAGCUGUGUGCUACAACGGUUUUAAAAUGUCAAAAAGUCAAAAUAAUCUGUAAUAUAAUUUAAAGUACUUUCUGGGUGAUGGAUUAUUUUGAUUUAGAAGCUCUUAUAGGAGAAUGACCAGUACUUUUGUAUCUGCUUGCAAAUGUUUGGAAUUUCUUUCUCUAUUUUUGGUACUUUGGUUUUUAUUAUUAUUCCACAGAUUGUAUUGUAUCUGCACGCUGAGCAGUUAUAUCCAUACUUUAGGGUCUUUAACAGGAUCAACAAGGCCUUGAGCAGAACUGAUGCUUUUUAAUGUUUCCUAUUUCAGGUUUUCAAGUUUGUCUUGCUUCAGAGGAAUUUUAUGAAAAUCCCUGCUUUUACAUGUGCUUCAGUCAUGGAGUUUCUAUGUAAUGUAGCCAUUAUUCUCUGAAAUACCUCUUGAGGGGUAGGGAUUGCACAAUGCAUUGAAAAAACCCCUCUAGUCUAAACAGCACACUUGAAGUCAGUUUUGUCUUGGUACGGAUUUAAAAUGUUUUUAUUGCAGCAAUAUCGGUCUGUUAAAAUGGUAUUUCUGAAAUUUGCUGCACAUUUGAUACGUGUUUUGUAGUUUACCAUGUUGCUGUUACUGCAGUAGCUAUUGGACAACAGCGUGGGCUGUAUGUCUUUGCUAAAAUGCAAGUGAUUACACUGAAAAACCUGUUAGCCAGCAAUGUUGUUAUUGCUUGGACCAUAAUGCCUUGUUAAUGACCUGAGAUUGUGAUUUUUCAAUUGUUUCUGAAAUUGUGUUAUGUUAUCACUUAUAAGGAUGCUUCCUCAAUAAAAAAAUAUUUUCUAUUAAA